AUGGAAGAUAUCUUUGAAAGAUUAUCACUAAAAGAAGAGUUCUUUAAAACUUUUAAAGUAGCAUCUGAUAAAGAUUUUGUUGAAUUGUGGGAAUCCAUAUUAGAAAUUGAUAAUACAUUAGAUUAUAAAGAAUUCUCAGAAGUUUAUGGAACAAUUACCACAGAACAACAUCGAUUUUCAUCAAAACAACAACAAAAAAAAACAAGUAAGCAACAUGGGAUUCCUAACGUUCAAUUUGCUAAAAAUGAAUCUGAAACAUUUGAAGGUGAUAAUAGUAAUAAUUAUGAAAGUGAAGAUGUGAGUAAACUUUUUGAAAAACGUUAA